CUCCUAAAUCACCUUCCUGUAAAUACCAGGCAUGGUAUAGGAGAAUCUCUUCGGAAGACAUUAUUUUUACUUAAAAAAGAUCGAACCCCCACCCAACUCCUCCAUUGAACAAGACCCUUACACAAGUAAUUCCUAAAACUAAACCCAAGACCCUUUCACUUGUAAUUUCUAAGGCUGUAAACCUAAGAUCCUUUCACGUGUAAUAUCUAGAGUGUAAGCCUAUAUAAAGGCAGAACUUGUCUUUGUUAGGCGAACUUUGCUGUUAGAUAAAUUGUUGCCUCACUCCCGGGCCAUAAUAAAACAUCUCUUCCUUCCUAGUUCGGUGUCUGAAAGGUCUGUUUCUCAUGGCCAAUCCUGCUUCAUUUGCACCAAAGCCAUGUUUUCAAUAUAUAAAACCUAUGGAGCUGACACCAGGGGCCCAACAGCAAGGUAUAAAUUAUCAAGAGUUGACUUCAGGAUGGCAAGAUGUGAAAUCAAUGGUGUUGGCACCAGAGCCAACUAGGAAGCUCCCAUCAGGACCAGUGUUGACCAGUGUCAGAUUUUCAAAUUUGUCUCCAGAAUCACAGCAACAAGGUGUGAAAUCUUUGGAGUUUACUCUAGAGCCAAAGUUACAAAGUGUAAAACAUGUGAAAUUGUCUUCAAUGUCUCUGCAGCAAACUAUAAAAUCUGUGGAAUUAGCACCAGGGCCACUGCUUCAGACAGUGAAAUAUGGGGAGCAGACUCCAAGAACAAAUGAUCAAAUCAUGGCAUCCUCUGAAAUCAUCCCUAGACUGGGGCAUCAGUUUGCAAAAUAUGCAGAGAUGAUCCAACAGCCAAAGUAUCAAGUCCCGAAAUCUGCAAAUUUGAUUUCAAUACCUAUUUAUCAUGCCACAGAAUUUUCAGAAAUGGUGCAAGGAUUGGCACAUAAAGGCAUAGAUCCUAUAGCGAAAUCUGUGGGGUUGACCUCAAAGCUACCAGGUAGAGCUGUGGAAUCUUUAGGGAUGCUGCUGCAGCCAGAUCUUCAAGUACCAAAAUUUGUUGAUCUGACUCCAAUGCUAAGGAAUCAAGGCUCAAAAUUCUUAGGAUUAACUCCAGAGAAAAGCCACCAAAUCCUAGAAACUAUGGAAAUGCUCUCUCAGCCACGGCCCCAAGAUACGGAUUUGGAGGAGUUAUAUAUAAAGCCAUGGCAGCAAAUUGUGGAAUCUGAAAGGAUUACCCCAGAACUCAAGCAUUACUUUACAGAAGCUAUGGGGUUGACCACUGAGGCAAGGAUAGAAGCAAAUGAAUUCUUCGGAGUGACCCCAAAGCCAACAAGUCAAGACCCUGGAUUUGCAGAGAGAUCCCCAAGGCUCCGUUCUCAAGACUUAGAACCUGUGGAGGUGAUCUCUCAGAAAAGAUUGCAAAGGGAAGAAUCUGUGGUAUUGAUUCCAAAGUCAUUACAUCACGUCCCAGAUUCUGCUUCAGGGAUGACACCUGGGUUAGGACAUCAGUUUCCUGAAUCUGUGGAGUUGACUUCUCAGUCAGGAGUGCAGGUGGAGAAAACUUUGGAAUUAACUCCCAAACCACAACAUCAUGUGGGAUCUUCAGCGAUAACAGUAGGGUUGGGACAUCAAGUCCCAGACUCUGUAAAUCUGAACUAUAAGCAAUGGCUGCAAAUGGAAGAAUCUUUAGAGGUGCCCAUGAAGGAAACAAGUCAAGUUAUAGGACAUGAUGAAUCUUCAGAGCUCACCUCUGAGGCAUGGCAGCACAGGGAGGUAUCAGUGUGGCUAACAAAGUCAAAGAAUCAAAGUAUGAAAUCUCGAGGGACAACCCCAGGACCAUUGGAUACAAUUUUAGAAUUUAUGAGGAUUAGUCCAGAACCACUGGAUCAAGUCACAGAAUCUGCAAGGACACAGCUUCAUGUUGCUCAGUCUGAAGAGGUAACCCUUGUAGAUGUCCCAGAAGUUGUUCAGCCUGAGGAAGGGACCCCUGGACCACCAUUUCAAGUUGUAAAGUCUGUGACAAUACCAAGGCCAACCCCUCAAGUGGUAGAAUAUAUUGAGCUGACUCCAAAACUGCAGGAUGUGAGACCUUCAGAGCUGCCCUCAGGGCCAUGUUUACAAGAUGUGAAAUCUAAGAAAAUCACAAAGCCAAAACACCAGACUGUGGAAACAAUGGAGUUGACAGGGUUUCAAGUUGCAAAAACUAUGUUAAUCCCAGGGCCACCCCUUCAAAUUGUAAAAUCUGAGGAAUUAGCACCAGGACCAAUUCCUCAGGCUGUAGAACCAAUAGGAGUAGCCCUAGAAUCAGGAAUUGAAUCAACAAGUUCUGUGAAUUUACUUCCAAGGCCACAUCUUCAAGAACUGAUAGUACCUGUAGAAUCAACUCUAAGGCCACAUAUUCAAGUGAAAUUUGAAGAAUUAACCUCACAGCAAAUAUCUCCAUUUGAGGAACAUACAAUGUUGACUCAUCAACAAGGACUUCAGGCUGUGAAAUCUACAGUGAUAAAAAUAGAGCCUCUAAAAGUUAUGGAAUCUGAGGAUUUGAAUCUAGGACAGGUGUGUCAGAAUAGGGACUGUGAGAAGUUUUUAACAUCAGAAGAGUUACAAAUAGGGACUGACUUCUCUAGGUUCCACAAAGCUCUUCAACCUCACUUAAAUAAUUCAAGCUCUGUCAAAACAGCAUCUGAAUUAGGAGGACUUUGGGAUUCUGGGAUACAGAGAGUAUCCAGAGCUUUGGAUGUAAAAAACCUUGGGACAGAUAUUUUGCAGCCUGAAGAGACCUAUCUAGACCCUACUAUGAUGCAAUCUUUAACUCCUCCUUUGGCCCUUCAUAAUCAAAGCUCUGAUAAGACAGCUAACAUUGUGGAAAAUCCAUGCCCUGAUAUUCCAGGAGUGGAUGAUCUAAAGAGACAAUUACAAACGGAGGAGCUAGACAACUCACUUCAGAGACAUCUGCCACAAAGCUGGAGAUCACUAUCUAGGACAUUCUGGGCAGAAUCAGGGGCUCAAAAAUCCCUCAUCAAGUCUUUCCUGGGCAGACAACACAACAUCUGGGAGAGUCAUGCCUGGAGGAGGUGACUACCAAGAAAAUAUCUCUCCAGUAUGCUAAUGCUGGGGAAUGUUUUAGGGACCACUAUGGAAAGGAAGCUUUGUUCUCAAACAUCUCUAGCAGAAAAAGCCACUGCAGAUACCUGUCAGUCUAUUCAGAAUUUAUUUGGGAUUCCAGCUGAACUGAUGGAAGCUUCCCAGAGGCUGCCAGAGAAGGGCCCAGUUACUAUUUCUCAGCCUUCAGUGGUCAAAAUAACUGAGAGACAUACUUCAUAUUACAUUCAUAAGAAAAUAAUGGCCUUAAAAAUGUGGACACAUCGCUCCACAUCUUCCAUAAUACGGCAAUACUCUGGGACGAGAGUGGGAAUAAAGACAACAAGCUCAAGGUUCAGUGGUAUAUCCCAAGAAGUCAUUCAGCAUACGCCUGUCACAUGUGCCGGGGGUCAGCUUCCUGUCCUGGUAAAGUCAGAGUCUUCCAUCAGCAUAUUUUCCAACAGAGAAGAUCUUGUUCCAAUGGAAGAAAGUGAGAACUCACAGAGCGAUUCCCAAACAAGGAUUUUUGAGUCCCAACACUCCCUCAAGCCAAAUUAUCUUCCCCAGAAUGACUUUUCAGAACAGCUCCAGUUGCUACAAGAUUUGCAGCUAAAAAUAGCAGCAAAACUCUUAAGGAGUCAAAUAUACCCCCCCCAUGUGCCUCCGCCUCUAGCCUCAGGUCUAGUCCUAAAGUACCCCAUCUGCCUACAGUGUGGCCGAUGUUCAGGAUUUAACUGCCAUCAUAAAUUACAGACCACUUUGGGGCCUUAUCUUCUGAUCUAUCCACAGCUCCACCUUGUAAGCACUCUUGAAGGCCAUGGUGAGAUUCGGUUGCACCUUGGCUUUAGGCUGCGAACCAGGAAAAGACCCCAAAUCUCAAAGUAUCUUGAAAGAGAUAGACCCGUCAUACGGCAAAGAACUAUGUCACCAUCACAAAGGAAAGCUAAAAUCCAUGCUCAAGCUUCCAAGAGUCCUACUUCCACGAUAGAUUUGCAGUCUGGUCCCCAGUCCCCUGCUCCUGUACAAGUCUACAUCAAGCGAAGACAACGCAGCAGCCCUGACCUGGAAGAAAACACAAUAAUUAGAGCACCUGGACACUAUGAAUCCAUUCAGGUUCACACCCUAUCAGAGAGUGACUCUGAAAGCACUCAGAAUGAGAAACGGGCUAAAGUGAGAACCAAAAAGACCUCUGGUUCAAAAUAUCCAAUGAAGAGAAUGACCAAGGGACUUAGAAAACACAGAAAGUUCUACACAAGCAGUAGAACCACAAUAGAGAGUCCCUCUGGGGAAUUAUCAGCCCAUUUAAGAAGGAAGACGAUUGGAGCAGCUCAGACAAGUACUGCCUCCUUAAAAAGACAACCGAAGAAACCUUCCCAACCCAAGUUCAUGCAACUGCUUUUUCAGGGCCUAAAGCGGGCAUUCCAAACAGCAUACAGAGUUUUAGCUUUUGUUGGGCAGAAGCCUGGUGACAGGACAAUCCCAGACAAUUUGUGGGCAAGCAAAAACUAUUAUCCAAAGCAAAAUGCCAGGGACUACUGCUUACCCAGCAAUAUCAAAAGAGACAGGAGGUCAGCUGACAAGCUAAGGUCAGCAGGCUCAACCAUUAAGCAGGAGGACAUAUUGUGGGAAGGGACAGACCAGUGCAGUUCAGCUCAACAGCCUAGAAGAGCUCACUGUUUCCAACCCAGACCUCUUCGACUGCCCAAGCCCACAGGUUCCCAAAGUGAUAUCACUUUCCAAGCUGCCUCAGUGGAGCAGCCUCUGGGAACUGUCCAAAAGGACGGUAGUAGCAGAUCAAAAAAUGAAAUCUCCAGCCAGGAGUCUAAGAACUUGCCCCCACCAGGAACCAGAGUUCAGGCCCAAGGAAGAAUCCUACCUGGCUCCCCUGUGAAGAGAACCUGGCACUGACACCUUAAAGAGAAACUCACACACGAGGAGCAAAACCACCCCAGCUUCUAUAGGGAGAGAGCCCCACGCAGUCCUUCUGAGAGAACCCGUCAACCGCUAUGGAGAAAUCAUCACAGUCCCUCUGACAGAUGUCAUUUCAGCUUCUUUCGGAGAAAACAUCGCAGUCCCCUGGAAAGGAGCCAUCACAGUCUCUCUGAAAGGGGCCAUCGCAGUCCCUCUCAGAUACAUCAUCGCAGUUCCUCUGAGAGGAGCCGUCACAGUCCCUCAGAUAGAUAUCCUAGUCUCUCUCGUAGAAAUCAUCGUAGUCCCCUUGAGAGGAGUUGUCACAGUCUCUCUGAAAGGGGCCAUCAUAGUCCCUCUAAGAACCAUCACAGUGUCUCUGAGAGGAGCCAACGCAGUCCCUUUGACGGGAGAUGUCACAGGUCCUCUGAGAGGAGCCACUGCACGUUCUGUGAGAGAGCCCAUCAUGGUCCCUCUGAGAUGAGGCCAGAGAGGCCCUCUGGGAGAAGCCUUCACAGUCCCCUUAAGUAG